AUGGCAUCUGCAGGCAUGUUGAUAGUCAUUGAGUUGGCUGAACUUCAACAUGCCUACUGCAAACUAAACAAACAGUACCAAGAUAAAAUGGCUGAAUUGAUCUAUGCAAACAACAGAGUGGAGCAGUAUGAGACAGAAGUAAAGAAAUUGAGAUUUCGAGUAGAAGACCUGAAAAGGGGGCUCAACCAUGCAGAAGAUGAGCUUGAUGACUCGCUAAAUCACAUUCGUAAACUUCAGCGAUCUCUGGAUGAGGAGAUAAAAAUGAAUGGUAAUCUACAAAUUCAGCUCAAUCAUCUACAGAGCAGAUUGAAGAGACAAAAAUUUGUGAGUUCUGCAUAUGAAAUCAAAUUGAGUGCUAAAUAUACUUCUGAGGACUCCACUGAAGCAGAGAAUGAAGAAAAAGAGGACCAUAGUAUAUUGACAAUAAAAUAA